AGCGGCCGCGCGGUGGCGGGAGGCGGGGCGGCGGCGGCGGCGCUCGGCCCGGCGCGGCGCUCAGCUCCAUCCGGGUCAUGGAGUCGCCGGCCGCGCGUGGGUUUCUGCUCCUGCUGCUCGGGGCCUGCGUCCCGGCGCCGGGCGGCGCGUCCCCCGAGGCGCCUCCGCUGGUCAACGAGGACGUGAAGCGCACGGUGGACCUGAGCAGCCACCUGGCCAAGGUGACGGCCGAGGUGGUGCUGGCGCACCCGGGCGGCGGGGCCACGUCGCGGGCCGCCUCCUUCCUUCUGGCGUUGGAGCCCGAGCUCGAGGCCCGCCUGGCGCACCUGGGCGUGCAGGUGAAGGGAGAAGAUGAGGAAGAGAACCAUCUGGAAGUACGAGAAACCAAAAUUAAGGGUAAAAGUGGGAGGUUCUUCACGGUCAAGCUGCCCGUUGCUCUUGAUCCUGGGUCCAAGAUUUCAGUCACGGUGGAAACCGUCUACACCCACGUGCUGCAGCCGUACCCGACCCAGAUCACCCAGUCGGAGAAGCAGUUCGUGGUGUUCGAGGGGAACCAUUACUUCUACUCUCCGUAUCCAACGAAGGCACAGACCAUGCGUGUGAAACUCGCCUCCCGAAACGUGGAGAGCUACAGCAAGCUGGGCAACCCGACGCGCUCCGAGGACCUCCUGGAUUACGGGCCCUUCAGAGAUGUCCCUGCCUACAGUCAGGACACUUUCAAGGUGCACUAUGAGAACAACAGCCCCUUCCUGACCGUCACCAGCAUGACACGGGUCAUCGAGGUUUCUCACUGGGGCAACAUUGCCGUGGAAGAGAACGUGGACCUGAAACACACGGGGGCCGUGCUGAAGGGCCCUUUCUCCCGCUACGACUACCAGAGACAGCCGGACAGCGGCAUCUCCUCCAUCCGUUCCUUUAAGACCAUCCUCCCCGCUGCCGCCCAGGACGUUUAUUACCGGGACGAGAUUGGCAACGUCUCCACCAGCCACCUCCUCAUUCUGGAUGACUCCGUGGAGAUGGAAAUCCGGCCUCGCUUCCCUCUCUUUGGCGGUUGGAAGACGCACUACAUCGUUGGCUACAACCUCCCCAGCUAUGAGUACCUCUAUAGUUUGGGUGACCAGUACGCACUGAAAAUGAGGUUCGUGGACCACGUGUUCGACGAGCAAGUGAUAGAUUCUCUGACGGUGAAGAUCAUCCUGCCCGAAGGGGCCAAAAACAUCCAGAUCGACAGUCCGUACGACAUCAGCCGGGCCGCGGAUGAGCUGCACUACACCUACCUGGACACGUUCGGGCGGCCCGUGAUCGUGGCCCACAAGAAGAACCUGGUGGAGCAGCACAUUCAGGACAUCGUGGUGCACUACACGUUCAACAAGGUGCUCAUGCUGCAGGAGCCGCUGCUGGUCGUGGCGGCCUUCUACAUCCUCUUCUUCACCGUCAUCGUCUACGUCCGCCUGGACUUCUCCAUCACCAAGGACCCCGCCGCGGAAGCCCGGAUGAAGGUGGCCUGCAUCACGGAGCAGGUCCUCACCCUGGUCAACAAGAGGAUAGGCCUGUACCGCCACUUCGACGAGACCGUCAACAGGUACAAGCAGUCCCGGGACAUGUCCACCCUCAACAGCGGCAAGAAGGGCCUGGAGGCGGAGCACAAGGCGCUGACGGGCGAGAUCGCGCUGCUGCAGUCCCGGCUGAAGACCGAGGGCUCCGACUUGUGCGACCGGGUGAGCGAGAUGCAGAAGCUGGACACUCAGGUCAAGGAGCUGGUGCUGAAGUCGGCGGUGGAGGCCGAGCGGCUGGUGGCCGGCAAGCUCAAGAGGGACACGUACGUGGAGAACGAGAAGCUCAUCUCGGGCAAGCGCCAGGAGCUGGUCACCAAGAUCGACCACAUCCUGGACGCCCUGUAGCGCCCGGGUGUUGUCCCCAGCGUUGGCCGGGUGCCUGCUUGCUGGGGUGGCAGGCAGGGGAGGGGCCGGAGGAGGUUGACCAUCCAGGCCAUCGAAGGCUGGCGUCUGUCAUUUGCAAGGAAAAAAAAAAAAAAGGCCUUA